UUUAAUCUUUAGUUUCUUUUAGAUAAAUAAUGUCCAUAGGUCCCUCACUACCUUCUCACCUCCAGCAUCUACGAGGAGGAGGAGAAGGUGGUAGUAGUAACGAUGAUGAUGAGGAUAUUGGUCCUAGACUCCCUCAUAUACCCUGCAGGGGUCCUCGUCCGUCCAUACCAGGAGUAGACCCAGAAGAACAGGAUGAAAGCAGUGAUGAUGAUUUCGGACCUGCUCUUCCCCCUCAUCUUGCAAACAGAUUGAACCCUGGUCCGAACUCCUCCCACCAGGAGGAUGAGAAGGAUGAGAGCGAGGAUGAUGGUAUUGGACCUCGACCUCCCCAACCCGGAGACUCUAGUUUACUCCUUCAUUCUCAGAUGUCCGACAUUGAACGGAGAGCUAAAAAUAUGAAGGAUAAAAUCGAAGGAAAGGAUAAACAGGAAGUGAAACGUGAGACUUGGAUGCUUGAACUGCCUGAAGCUAAAGCCAAAAGUUUUGGUUUAGGUCCGCGGACUUUCACAAGGAAAGGGAUUACUCAACUCGGAGACAGAUCGGCGUGGACGGAUUCUCCUGAGGAGAGAGAAAAACGAGCUCGAGGAGAAAUCCAGGAGAAAGAAGAAGAGGAAUCAGUAGAACAUAUCAUUAAUAGACAAAGAGAUGCUGCAAUGGAGAAAGUAACUGAGGAGUUGAGAAAGAAAAGAGGGACUGAUAGUUUACUUAAUAUUCACGAAAAGAAGAAAAAGAAGAAAGAUAAAAAGGACAAAAAAGACUCUGAUGGACCAAAGGAACGGAGGCCGUUUGACCGUGACCUUGACCUUGGUGCAAACCGGUUUGACGAAGCUCAGCGAAAAUUAAUGAUUAAGAAAGCUGCGCAAAUUGACUCAAGAUUUUCCGCCGGCGCACAGAAGUUCUUAUAAUUAAUCAAACUUAACUUUCGAUGAAAAUUUCUAAGAAAUUCAAUGGAAACCUUGAUUAAACGUUUCUUUUGAUAAUUAGAUCUUGUUCAGAUGGCCUUUAAUGAUUUACAGCCCAUUUAUAUAUAUAUAAGCAAUCUUCGUGGAAAAUCUUGUUUUUUGGAACCAUUUUUUCAUCUUGAGAAAUCCACGAACAAUCUGUCAAUCUUUGGCGAGAUCUCAGUACCUUACUGGAUCUACCCUGAAAAAAAUGGAUCUGGAUCCAGGCCAUAAACAUUAGUAUUAGAUUAACUGAUUUAUGCGGAUCCGGAGCCAGGAAGCCAAAAUAUAGCGGAUCCAACAUAUCCGGAUCCGGUUUCUAAGCACUGGAUCUUAGAUUCUCUAGAAUUAGAAGUUUCCGUUUAUUUUCUAGAUCUCAUUCAGAUAUCGUUUCAGA